UGGGGACUUAGAGGCCAUUAUCACAGUGGACUCAAUCAAAUCUUGACCCAGUGCCUUUUUUUUUUGCCUCACACGCUAUAAAUUUGCAAAGCAUGCAAAGGUGCAUAUAUUUUCAUCUUGAAAGGCAACAUGCACCCACAAUAGCUCAUGGACAGCAAGUGCUUGGCUGACAUAUUGGCAUCUGCGUCUCUGCAUCGAGGUCAGGAUGUCUAAAUGUGAGCUAAUAGAGCUGCAGGAUCUCAGUGUAAAUGAUCCCAUCGAGCUGGCCGCUCCAGCUGUCCACGUAGCCCCGUCGACUGCAAACCUGGGUCAUCCCGGCCACUACUGUGUCGUCCGUCUGGUUGGAGAUAACGUCAGCAUUGAGGCCUCUGGUCAUCACACAGGAGAGACUGGUGUGGGUCAUGAUUUCCAGCCAUACAGUCAUGCACAUCUCACCUGGUGUGACCUGUGUGGUGAAUUCAUCUGGGGGCUUUAUAAGCAGAGUUUACGCUGCACCAACUGCAGCUACACUUGUCACUACCGGUGCCGACCAUCCAUCCAGCUGGACUGCAUGACACAUGGAAGUUUGUUAGCAGAGCCUGCAGCUUUAUCUGAUGACUGCAUCGAGACAGACACAAAUGUGGAUGAACAGAUCGAGUUGGGUAAACAGGAGUUAAGUGUUAGUGAGAUUCAACAGAAGGUGAAGGAAUACAAUGCUCAGAUCAGCAACAAUCUCUACAUGGUGGAUAAUAAAGAUGGGUCCUACACUGGUUUCAUCAAGGUCCACUUUCAGUUAGUUCGUCCCAUUUCCCUCCCUCCUCCCCGUCAGAGUUUGAGCUUGAUGCAGGAAGAUGAUUAUCAGGGAAGACGGAUGAAGCGGCGGACAUCAUUCUACCUCCCCAAAGAUGCUGCAAAGCACCUACAUAUAAGCUCUGAAACACGGGUACGAGAAGUCAUCGAAGCACUGCUCAAUAAGUUCACCGUUGUGGACAACCCGGCAAAGUUUGCCUUGUUUGAACGCACAGAGAGACAAGGUCAAGUGUACAUGCGUAAACUGUCUGAUGAUGAGCGUCCUCUAUACCUGCGCUUGUGCGCUGGCCCCAGUGAAACAGUCUUAAGCUUGGUUCUGAAAGAGAACGAGACAGGGGAUGUAAAUUGGCAUGCAUUUAGCUUUCCUGAGUUGUGCAAUUUCCUGCGAAUCCUCCAGCGGGAGGAAGAAGCACACGUAAGAGAGAUCGUGAAGCGCUACGCUCUUGCUAGAGACAUGAUGAAGCAAGCCAUGGCCCGGAUGACUACACCGGGUUGACACCGAGACACUCAGCUUCACACUGGAAUAAUUAGAAGACAUUCUUCCAUGAAAAGUGUCGAUAAGAAAUUUUAUGUCAUGGUAAAGGGGAAUGAAAUAGCUCAGGUGAUGAUGUUGUAUGGAUUAGAGAUUGGUAAUAAAGCAGGGAGUUUGCUGUAAUAUUUAAUGUGAAUUACUUAAAGGUUCAGUUCAGGGUGAUUUUGAUCUAGUACAGCUAUGAACUGGACUGACUCAAAACAUAUGAAAUUGUUGUGGACUAAUUGAUCACACUUCUUUCUUUAAACAUCAUGCUGCUUGAUUAGAUUAUUUAAAGUGACAUAUCUUAGUUUAUCUGGUUUAUCAUCUUAUACUCAGUUUUAUUCAUGUUGCGAUGAUGUUUUUUUUAAAUUGUGGCACUUUAAUCAGCCUCUGAAAAUGAGUUGGGUAAGCUGAAAUGUGUGGAUGUUCAGAUGAUCUAAUAAAAUGUGAAAAAUG